AUGAAGCCCAUUAUCCUUCAAGGUCACGAGCGUUCGCUCACGCAGAUUGUCUUCAACGCCGAGGGUGACCUCCUCUUCACUGCGUCCAAGGACAAGAUUGUCAAUGCUUGGUACACCUCGAACGGCGAGCGUCUCGGCACGUACAACGGCCACAACGGUUCGGUCUGGACCGUCGCUUGUGACUCACAAACCCGCUACCUCCUGACUGGUGCGGCUGACAGCACCAUGAAGCUGUGGGAGGUGUCGACCGGCAAGUGCCUCAAGACCUGGGAGUUCUUGACGGCUGUGACGCGUGUGGCGUGGAGCGAGGACGACGAGAUGGCGCUGUGCAUUACCGAGCAACGAACUGGCCAGCCCAGUGUCAUCAGGACAUUUGCCAUCAACCUCGCCGACCCCGCUGCGUCGUCGUCGACUCCUCUCAAGGAGAUUAUCCUCUCGGGCUCCAAGGCCACCUGCGCGCUCUGGGCCCCCCUGUCCGAGCACAUCCUCACCGGUCACGAGUCGGGCAAGAUUGCCAAGUACGACGCCAAGACGGGCGAGGAGGUCAACGCCGUCCACGAGUCGCACCGCGCCAACAUUACCGACAUUCAGCUCUCGCCCGACGGCACCUACUUUAUCACCUCGUCAAAGGACAAGACUGCGCGUAUCUUUGACUCGGACACCCUCGAGGAGAUGAAGGUCUUUGCGACCGAGACCCCGCUCAACUCGGCGUGCAUCACCCCGCUCCGCCCGUACAUCAUCCUCGGCGGUGGCCAGGACGCCAUGAACGUCACCACCACCUCGUCGCGUGCCGGCAAGUUUGAGAGCCGCUUCUGGCACAAGCUCUUUGAGGAGGAGGUCGGCCGUGUCAAGGGCCACUUUGGCCCCAUUAACACUCUGGCCUGCCACCCCCAGGGACGGGCAUAUGCCUCGGGCGCAGAGGACGGCUUUGUGCGCGUCCACUGGUUUGACGAGUCGUACUUCCGCAGCAGGCCAUUCGGUGACCUCGAGCCCGAGGUUGAGGUGUAA